AUGACUGAAGAAGUGGGCCAGGCCGUACCCGCCUCGCAACGAGGAAGCUGGAGCUCGUUCCUCAAAUCGAUCGCCUCCUUCUCCGGGGACCUCUCCUCUCUGACCGCGCCCCCGUUCAUCCUCUCGCCCACAUCACUCACCGAGUUCCCAGCCUACUGGUGUGAGCGCCCAGAGUAUUUCGCCGCCAUCGCAGACGCCAAACCUGGCCAGGACCGCGCGCUCGCCGUCCUCAGGUGGUUCAUCAGCACACUCAAGGAUCAGUAUACGUCGAGAAAUGAGGAGCUGGGGUCGGAGAAGAAACCACUGAACCCUGUCCUCGGAGAGGUUUUUUAUGGAACAUGGCCUGACAAGCACGGGCGUGGCACCACCGAGCUCCUCGUCGAGCAAGUCUCGCACCACCCGCCUAUAACAGCCUAUGUGAUCGAGAACAAGACGAAAGGACUGCGUCUGGUAGGGCACAACGCGCAGAAGACGAGCUUCAGCUCCGGGUCCAUCAUCGUGAAACAGAUCGGACAUGCCAUCUUGACCAUCCAGUCCAAGGACGCCUCGCAGCCUGCCGAGUCGUUCCUCAUCACCCUGCCAAAGCUCCGGAUCGACGGCCUGUGGUACGGCUCGCCGUACAUCGAGCUCACCGAGACGUCCUACAUCGUCGGCGGGGGGCACAUCACGACGAUCGAGUACAAGGGGAAAGGCUACUUCUCGGGCAAGUCCCACUCGUUCAAGUCGACGAUGGUGCCGAUCCCGGGCCAGGGGGGCGCGGGCCCACGCGAGAUCGUGGUGGAGGGCACCUGGCAUGAGCUUAGCAAGUACGUCAAGGGCGGCGCGGGCACGUUCCAUGAGGUGCAUGAGCACAAGGAGGAGGUCGACCCCCUCGAAUGGACGGCGGAGCUCUCGGAGUACGAGACGCGCCGGCUGUGGUUCCUCGUGGCGAAGGGUAUCAGGGAGGGCGACUUUGAGCUGGCGAGCCGCGAGAAGAGCCGGAUCGAGAACGAGCAGCGGCAGAGGAGGAAGGACGAGCGAGAGGCGGGCACGUCGUGGCAGCUCAUACACUUUGAGCAUGAGGACAGCGACCCGAUCUACGAGCAACUUGGCCGCGUCGCGAAAAUCACGCCGCCCACAGAGGACUUUUAUGUCUUCAAGGGUAAUUGGCCGUCAGGGUUUACGAAACGGGCUGCAGCGUCGAAGUAG